AUGACCACGCCUAACAGCGACUUUGAAAUCUUCGAAAAGAUGGCAGGAGCCCACAGUGAAAAUUCCACAUGGAAUCAAAGGCUGAAAGCAGCUGUCUCAGAAAGGCCUGGCUUUCAAAGGACAGCUGUAGACAAAGAGGUCAACACAGAAAAGGAGGUCUGGGAUCCAGAGGUGGCGUGGCAGCAAAGGCAGCAGAUAAUGGCAGCUUUAAACUCGCAGACUGCCGUGCAGUUCCAGCAGUACGCAGCCCAGCAGUACCCAGGGAACUACGAACAGCAGCAGAUUCUCAUCCGCCAGCUGCAGGAGCAGCACUAUCAGCAGUACAUGCAGCAGUUGUACCAAGUUCAGCUCGCACAGCAACAGGCAGCGUUACAGAAGCAGCAGGAAGUGGUGGUGGCCGGGGCUUCCUUGCCUACAUCAUCCAAGGUGAAUGCAGCUGGAGCGAGUGAUAUGGUGUCAGUUAAUGGGCAGGCCAAAACCCACACUGUCAGUUCUGAAAAGGAAAGUGAGCCAGAAGUGGCAGAAGAAGCCUUGGAAAAUGGACCAAAAGAAUCUCUUCCAGUGAUUGCAGCUCCAUCCAUGUGGACAAGACCACAGAUCAAAGACUUUAAAGAGAAGAUCCGGCAGGAUGCAGAUUCUGUGAUUACAGUCCGCCGAGGAGAAGUAGUCACCGUUCGCGUCCCCACUCAUGAAGAAGGCUCGUACCUCUUUUGGGAAUUUGCGACAGACAGCUAUGACAUUGGGUUCGGGGUUUACUUUGAAUGGACAGACUCUCCCAACGCAGCUGUCAGUGUGCACGUCAGUGAGUCCAGUGACGAGGAGGAGGAGGAGGAGGAGGAAAAUGUCACUUCUGAAGAGAAAGCCAAAAAGAAUGCCAACAAGCCUCUGCUGGAUGAGAUUGUGCCAGUGUACCGGCGGGACUGUCACGAGGAAGUGUAUGCGGGCAGCCACCAGUAUCCAGGGAGGGGAGUCUAUCUCCUCAAGUUUGACAACUCCUACUCUUUGUGGAGGUCCAAGUCAGUCUACUACAGAGUCUAUUACACUAGAUAAAGCCCAUGUCACAGAGCCUGGAGUCCAAGGUUGGGCAGAAGAUGACAUUUAAUUUCUUUUGACUUUUGUGGCACAUUGGAGUCAGUGUUUACCUUCUUGAUUUUGUUCUGAUGGUUUAUGAACUCUUGCUGGGAACCAGGAUUUCCUGAGACUCUUAGCAUUGAUGCUCUGAGGUUAAAAGCCGUUCUGAAGACUCAUCUAGCCCUUGGGUGCUGACCAGCAGAGCCACUAGUGGAUACUGGAGUUACGUGAGCUACAUGUUAAAUAUUCAGUCUCCAAAAUAAACGUCCCAGCGUUGACCCGAC